AUGUCACAACAUCAAGGUACAUCUGCUUCUAAAAAUACUAAGUCUACUCAAAAGAUUAGUGCUCCUCCCAUGGGCAUUCCCGAUGAUGAGAUUCUGGAUGUUGUUCCUCUCUCUGUUAUUCCUUGCGAGGCCAUUGAUUUGAACCAACCCAUUGAUGCCUCAGCUUCUGCAUGCUCCAAUCAAGGUAACUCCUCUAGUAUUCCUUCUGGUUUAACUCCUGCCACUAAUUCUAAGGAAGAUAUACACCACAUUGAUCGUGUUAUAAGAGACCUGGUCACCAGAAUCCAUAAUGAAGGACACUUUGUGAAGGGAUUUUCUACUCCCCUUUCUCAAAUGUACCCCUCUCCUGAGGUUGAACAACAUAGUGGUAAGGAUGAAGAUUCCUCUAGUUCUGAGAAGGACUUGGCUGCUAAAGGGUUGUGCUCUCUAGGGCAAACCGUGUCUGAAAAAAGAAAAUUUGUGUCAUCUAAAAUUGCCAAUGCUUCCCACUCUGAGAAGUAUGAUGAUGCAAAUGUUGUGAUUGAUCUAGAGGAUGGUAGCUUUGAUGAUCAAGAGGAAAGCUUACUUCAUCACCUAAAGCCAAGUGUGGCUAAACGCAUGAAGACUCGCAAAGGAAGAUCUGUGGCUGAACUUAUGUCAGUGAAGAAGAGGAAGGUCAGAGAUGAUUCUGAGUCUGAAGAGGAUGUUGAGGAAGAUGUCCCUGACAUCUCGCCUGUGAAGAAAACCACUAUUAGGAAGUCCCCUGGUGAAUUUCAUGCUAUUCAUUUGGAUAACAUCUCCUUCCAUCUUGAGGAUGGAGCAGUGAAGUGGAAAUUUGUGAUUCAGAGAAGGGUAGCUGUGGAAAGGGAGUUGGGAAAAGAUGUUGUUGAUGUCAAGGAGGUCAUGGACCUGAUAAAAGCUGCUGGGCUGUUGAAGACUAUUGAUGGGUUCUCUCAAUGCUAUGAAGGUUUAGUUAAGGAAUUUAUUGUUAACAUUCUUGAGGACAUUUCUGAUAAGAAUAGCAAGGAAUUCUAUAAGGUGUAUGUGAGGGGCAGAGAUAAUGAAGGUGCAGGCAGUCAUGUCGAGGAUAUUGUCAUGACAUCUACCAUGAAAAGGCCAGCCUCAAAAGUUGGAACAAUUGUUGAGCUUAAGGAGACCUGCAAAGAGCUGGGUGAAGGGAUAAGGGUAGCUACAACUAUAAAACCAUCGUUGGAAGCCUUGAUUGCAAGCUUGGAGCAGGCUGAAGGUGAAAAUAUUGAACAUGCUAAAGAAGCUGAAGCCCACACCUCUAGUUAA